GGUCUCCGGAUCGCUGUCCGAUUGGGGCAUCCACUGUGGCAUUUGGGCGGUGAAUCGCACCGGCCUUCUCAGCUACAAGUUGCUACCCUGGUGGGUACCGAACAACACCCUAGGCAUUGGGCUCUACUCAGAUUUCAUGUCCCUGCUGGUCCCAGGGCUGAAACACAAACACCCAUACAACAAACGGAACUAUCCGCUGGAGAUGACGUUGAUGCCUUUGCCAACACCUUCCUUCAAAUUUGAAUCAGGCUAUAUGUACUUAGUCUCGCCGAUCUUGUUCUCCUUCACGACUUUGCUGACGAAGUCGGGGAAGCGCGAGUUUUGCUUUAGCUUUAUCGCUGACGUCCAUGCGCAGGGCUACCUUUGGAUCGAACAGAAUCCAAUGAGGCUUCGCAGCAAUUUGACGCUUCUGGGCGCCACAGAUGUGCGCGAGCAGGGCAGCAUCGCAGGUCCUAUCGAGCUGAAGUAUGCCGCGCAACUUCUACAGGUGCUCAGGGGUCCAGGGGAACAUGCUCUGAACACGGGUCCGCUGGGCCAAGCGAUACCUCUCAGUUCCAACUCCACCUUCUCUUUGAAGAACACGGAGGUCAACAUCUCGAAAGACGGCCUCUUUUUCUUCUCCGACGUGGCGGUGCGUUUUGGUCAGGAGGUACACCAGCUGCUCUCGAGGCAGUUCUCGCCGGCGAAGGGCGAUCAAUGAACGGAUCUUCCAGAAAGAUUGGACAGAUAGGGAUGCCCCACGAAAAAAAAGCCUGGUUACUAA